CGGGGCCGGGCGGAGCCGAGCGGAGCCGAGCGGGGCCGAACGGAAUCGGACGGGGCGGAGCGCCGGGGCCGAGCUCAAGCCGCCGCCACAGCGAUGAAGCGGGACCGGCUCGGGCGCUUCCUGUCGCCCGGGGUGUCCGGGCAGCGCGGGAGCUCCGGUGGCGGCAGCUGUGGCCGUGGCCGGGCCCGGGGCCGCCCCUCCCGCAGCGGUCCCGACGUGGCCGAGGCGGCGGCUUUGGUGGCUGCGCGGCUGGGCUGGGGCCCGACGCGGGCCUGCGCGGACGCGGGCGAGGACGGCGCCGACGAGGCAGGAACGGCCCGGGCCCUGGCCAUGGGGCACUGUCGCCUCUGUCACGGGAAGUUCUCCUCCCGGAGUCUCCGCAGCAUCUCUGGCAGGGCGCCUGGGGAGAGCUCAGAAAGGCCGCCCCCUGGGGACCGUGUUUUUGUCCGGGAUUUCCAGCGCCUCCUGGGGGUGGCCGUCCACCAGGACCCGGCUCUGUCCCAGUUUGUCUGCAAGAACUGCCACUCCCAGUUCUACCAGUGCCACGGCCUCCUCACGUCUUUCCUGCAGAGGGUCAACGUCCCCCCCACGGGCCGCCGGAAGCCUUGCGCAAACCGCCGGGCCCACUCCUGCUCUCAGUGGGCGGCACUGCUCCUUUGCAGGGUCGGUGUGCAGCCUCGGACGGGGGCGGAGGAGGGAGCGUGUGUGGUGGACCUGAUCGCUUCGAGCCCCCAGGGCCUGCGCGGCUUGGUGGGGUGGGUGCACGGACACGCGGCCGGCUGCGGGGCCCUGCCCAGCCUCCAGAGGACCCUGUCCUCCGAGUACUGUGGCAUCGUCCGGGCCGUGUGGGGCUGCGACCGAGGGCACGACUACACCAUGGACGCCGACUCCAGCUGCGGGGCCCUCUUGCUGGACGGCGCCUUGGGCGUCAGGCGGACGUGGGACAAGGAUUCGGCCCCGGGGCUCCCCCGGCAUCGGGGGUCCAGCCCCAGCGGGGCUGCCCCUCAGAGCUCCCAGGGCAGAGCGACUGCGGCCGGGGCCGAGACCGAGAUGCUGCCCAGCACGGACACAGCCCGGCCUCCUUCAGAUGGCGACCCGGUGGGGCCUGGGCCGGGCCCCCCGCCUCAGCCAAGCCUCCCCCACAGCGGGGCCCCAGGGCAGUUGGGUGAGAAGCAGGUUCCAUCUCCAACCUCGGAUGAUCGGGUAAAAGACGAGUUCAGUGACCUUUCUGAGGGAGACUUCCUGAGUGAAGACGAAAAUGACAAGAAGCAGAAUACCCAGUCCUCAGAUGAGUCCUUUGAGCCCUACCCGGAAAAGAAGGUCUCUGGUAAGAAGAGUGAAAGCAAAGAAGCCAAGAAGUCAGAAGAACCAAAAAUUCGAAAGAAACCUGGGCCCAAGCCGGGCUGGAAGGGCAAGCCGCGCUGUGAGAGGGAGGAGCUGCCCACCAUCUACAAGUGUCCUCACCAGGGCUGCACGGCCGUGUAUCGUGGGGCUGACGGCAUGAAGAAGCACAUCAAGGAGCACCACGAGGAGGUCCGGGAGAGGCCCUGCCCGCACCCCGGCUGCAACAAGGUGUUCAUGAUCGACCGCUACCUGCAGCGCCACGUCAAGCUCAUCCACACAGAGGUGCGGAACUAUAUCUGUGACGAGUGUGGGCAGACCUUCAAGCAGCGGAAGCACCUCCUGGUUCACCAGAUGCGCCACUCAGGAGCCAAGCCCCUGCAGUGCGAAGUCUGCGGGUUCCAGUGCCGGCAGCGGGCAUCCCUGAAGUACCACAUGACCAAGCACAAGGCCGAGACGGAGCUGGACUUCGCCUGCGACCAGUGCGGCCGGCGGUUCGAAAAGGCUCACAACCUCAACGUGCACAUGUCCAUGGUGCACCCCCUGACGCAGACCCCGGACAAGGCCCCGGAGCCCCCGCCUGGGCCCGCGGCGGGGCAGGCCGUGAAGGCUGAGCCCACCUGAGGGCACGCCCGCCCCUGAGCUCAGCGGG